CCAAAAUCAAAAUAUUGGAGAGGGUUGUUUCCCCCGCCAUCUUCUCCUCAGACUCGACACUCACUAAGGUUUCCAGAUUGAGGACACGCAACAGGAGCAAACAAAUGAAGGCGACGAGCUGUAAAUUGAUGAGCUGAUUUAUCCACAUUUUAAUAUGCAGACCAAAACAAAUCAGCCAUUCCGACAUGGAGUGCACAAUUCAAAGUAGAAUAACUGGCUGUAGCAUUGUUUUUAACGGAAUAGAAUAGUUUACUGCCAUUGCACAACUAUGCAAUGAAAUGUUGUGCUCAGUGGUACAUCCACAUAUAAACAUGUAUAGAGACAAAUAUAGACAAGAACAAAGUAAAAAAGUAUAGUCAAUAAGAAAAUAUGUUAAUUAAAAACAUAUAAAAGUCCUCCAGUUUUUUAACUAGAAAUCAGUUCCUUGAUGGCACAUGGGUAGAAACUGUUCAGGAGUCUGGAAGUGCGUGUCCAAAGAGACUGAUAACGUCUUCCGGAUGGCAGCUGAGUGAAGAGAUAAUUGCCAGGGUGAAAGAAAUCUUUUAUUAUAUUUCUGGUACACCAUAGGCAUCUGGUUCUGUAAAUGCGCUCAAGUGAAGGGAGCUGAUUCUCUGUGCUACAGUACAUCCAGCAUACCACAUCAACAUGACGUAAGUUAGUACACUUUCAACAGAGCAGUGGUAGAAGGACACAAGCAGCUGCUGGGACAGUUUGUUUUUCCCCAGUGGCCUUGGAAAGUACCGUACAGUCGCUGGUGUGCCUUCUUCAACAGGGAAAGGGUGGAAACAAAGUGUAUGCCAGCAGAAUCCCAAUCCAGCAGGAUGGCAGACAUGUCAGUGGAUGAGAUCACAAUCAAAGCCAACCGUAUAACAGAUGAGUCAGUCGAUAGCUGUAGACGAAUGUUACAAACAACACAGGAGAGUUUGGACGUUGGUGGCAAAACACUAACUAUGUUGGAUGAGCAGGAAGAAAAACUAAGGCAUGUGAAACAGGAAAUGGACCAGAUUGAGCAGGACAUGAAAAAGGCUAGAAAAAACCUGAAUGAACUGUCCAAAUGGUGCGGCCUGUGUCUGUGGCCAUCUAACAGAUUGAAGUCCACCAAGACUGACAGGAGAUAUAAGCAGGGUAAGAAACCAAAGGAAAGCAAGCGGAAUGUGGUAUCCAGCCAACAGCCUGCCAUCCUCAAUGCAUCAGCGGCCCCCUCCGGCCCUUACAUCAAGAGAAUAACAAAUGAUGAACGAGAAGAUGAGAUGGAAGAGAAUCUGAAGCAGGUGGGCGACAACGUUAGGAAUCUAAAGAUCAUGGCACUGAAUAUGACUGACAAGCUCAACGAACAGAACCAAAUUAUUGAGGACAUCACUGAUGAGGACUUCUCUAAUCAUUUAGUCAGUCUCCCGUUCAUCUACCUACAGUUUUGUGUGCAGUGGACACAGCUCAAAAUCCAAUCAACAACCAAUGGAUCGAAUCAAGUCCUGCACUACAUUUUUUUUUUCUUAUUCGCUAAUCUGUUUCACUCAGAUGUACACCACAAUAUGGAAGAAAAGAUCUGCCGCUACUUACAUUUCAUUGCAACUUUAACUUGCAAUUAUUAAACUUUAUUAAAGUCGGCAUGAAAGGGAAGUUGCAAUCAUCUUUUAUUCCCUAUUGAAACAGCUUCUUGAACAAGAAAAAAUGUUGGGUGGGACUUGAACUGGAUCAGUGGAGGGUUGUGGUUUGCUAUUGCUGUGAUAUUGUGAGUGACAGGUUGUCCCGCCCUCGCUCCAGUAAACGCAUCAUCAGAGAAGAGAUGCCCCUGCGAGAGGAAGGGGAAGUUAUUUCAUAAUCCCUUAUGUUGUUCUUUGUAUGUCCUCUGGACUUAGUGUCAAAAUUACCAGCAGAGGUUGCUGUUAGACUAGUUUGAAAUCUCACCACAAAAAGUGCUUCUUAAGAUGGAGGCCUCAAGAAGCAUAUAUUGUUUACUUGUGUAGGAAAAUUUUCUCAGAACUGAUUAUACAAUAUAAAAGCAGAAUUUCAAUUGUUUCAAUUUAAGAAUCCUAUAAACUCUCAUGCCAACUUUGCUUGCAGGCUUUUUUGUGUACUUAAAUAUGAAUUGAAUAUUGUGUACUUAAAAUGUUUUUAGACUGUUUCCCCAGCAGUUUAUACUUGAUAUGAGUUCUAACACCUAUUUCUUAUCACUUGUGUUUUUCUCAUCACAUUAGUUUUUUUUUUUUCUUCUAGUUAGUUAUGUUCUGCAGUGGUGUUAUUCGGCCUACCACAUUAUUUUCUGUGGCUGAGUGCAGCAGAGCUUGCUUCUGUCUUGACAGUUAGGUCUAUAUCAAGCAGUCUGACGCAUGCUUUAGCUCUUUUGGACUCCUUUUCUUCAUUUCUUCAUGGACUCCUUUUCUUCAUUUCUUCAUGGACUCCUUUUCUUCAUUUCAGGAUACCUGUGACAGGAAACUAAUACAAACACUUUUAACUUUUCAGAAGUAAAUCUAGACUGCAUUCUUAAAUGAAGUGAAAUUCAGACCAACAACACAACUGUGAUAUUUUUUAUACAAUAGUCCAAUAAAAAAGAUGACCCUUCCUUGGGGGAAACCUGUAUGUGCAAAGGCAUUAUGUAGCAGAGUAUGUAUGGAGUGCAUAACAUGGAGUUUACCCACUAGGGGGCCUCAACAAACUUUCAAGAGGCCCUCAAGAUUACUUAUGAUUUAAAAUAAGACAAAACAAGCUUUAAAUUAACUAAAAUUCCACAUGUAAGCUGAUAUCAUAUUUCUUAUUUUAAUUUAUGCAGCCAACAACUGUCAUUUUUAAUGUAAAACCAAAACCUUAUUAUAUAUAGGGAAUUUAAAGUUAUUUCUAGACCUGGAAAAGUACAUUUGUACAUUUUACAAAUGUACAUUUAAAAAAAAAAAUCAUAACAACAACUAGAAAAGUGGUGUAAUUUUAUUGGUAAUAAAAAGUGUAAAUCCUGAAGGACAUUCAGUUUUUGAAACUUCUGGAAUUUAAUUAUUUUACUUCUUUAUAAUUAUUGUAUUCAAAUAUUUUAAUCUGUUGCUACUCUUAUUUUCUGUAAAUAUACACUACCGUUCAAAAGUUUGGGAUCGGUAAGAUUUUUAAUGUCUUUAAAAGAAGUUCUGCUCACCAAGGCUGCAUUUAUUUAAUUAAAA